UGACAAAGUCAGCUGACUUGCUCACGUGACGUGAGCUUCGUGACUACAGAACCGAACCGAACAGCGCGUGAUGGCGGGCCGCGGGAAGCUGAUCGCCGUGAUCGGUGAUGAGGACACGUGCACCGGGUUCCUGCUGGGCGGGAUCGGGGAGCUGAACAAGAACCGGAAACCGAACUUCCUGGUGGUGGAGAAAGACACGAGCGUCACUGAGAUCGAGGAAACGUUCAAGAGCUUUCUGGCGAGGAACGACAUCGGCAUCAUCCUGAUCAACCAGUUCAUCGCAGAAAUGAUCCGGCACGCCAUCGACGCGCACGUGCAGUCCAUCCCGGCGGUGCUGGAGAUCCCGUCUAAGGAGCACCCCUACGACGCGUCCAAGGACUCCAUCCUGCGCCGCGCCAAGGGCAUGUUCUCUGCAGAGGACUUCCGAUGAACCGCUCGCCACGCCUUCAUGUGGUUGUAGUGGGGUCCGACCCGCUCCCACUUCCUGUUUGUUAAAUUAUUCCACGCUCCCACUUCCUGUUUGUUAAAUUAUUCCGCUGUGAUUUUGACGCCUUGAAAUAAAAUGUUGAACGCCG